UGACACACUGAUUUUUAGAUUUUACAUGAGAUUUUUAGUCCACUGCGUUAAGGAAAAACCCACUAUGAAAUAGGUAUACAGGCGACGUAUUAUCACUCAAUUACAACAAAACUUUUUCCUAAGUUUACGAACAAUUUACGUUCAGUCAAUGCGAAAGCAAUAUGGCCGACGACGAAUUAAGAAGACUUCAAAACGAUACAGAAAUUUUAGUCAAAGAUGGCGAGACGGAAUUGGCUAUAAAUAAAUACACCAGCUUUAUUAAGAGACAUGCUGCAGGAAGCGAGUAUAAUGCAAAAACACUUGCUAUGGCAUGGAAUAACCGCGGUCAUUUACGUUAUUUAAGUGUAGAUUUUCAUGGCGCGAUUGAAGAUUACACCACAGCACUUCAACUAAACCCUCGUUUCGUCGUUUCCUACUAUAACCGUGGACAAAUUCACUACAGAAUGGGUAGAUUUGAACAAGCAAUCGAUGAUUUGGAGAGAGCUCUUCAAUUGGAUCCAACUUUUACGGAUGCCUUACUUAAUCUUAAUCAAGCCAAAAAAGAUUUACUAAUCAAAUUAAGUUACACAGAUAACUCCGAAAACUAAAUUGGUGGAUUUACUAAGGACUGACCUUAUUGUAAAUUGUCUUGUAGAAAAAAUAAUAUAAAUUCAAUAUAUGAACUUUCCAACGAGUCGUAA